AUCGAGUUUUUGUAACGCUAGCUGAAUAUCAUAUUUUAAAACAAUACGAGCAAAGCAGGACACAAGUUUGUUGAGUUUGAAUCAAGCGUGUUCACUAUUUUUUGCUGUUAUUGCCGAUAAAACAUCUUUGAGAAGCUAAAAUUAACAGUGUCGUCUCAACACUGUAAUUAUUGCUUCAUAUUGGAACUGUGCGUAAAGUUGUGUUCAAUUUCAUAUCGCCCGCCAUGAUGGCGGAGCAAAAUGGCGAAAGUCUUUGGAAAAGAAAAUUUGAAGCGCUUCAAACUCGUGUGAAAACUGUAGAAUUGGAAAACGAGAAGCUGAAAAACCGACUAUGCUGUGUACGGAGGCACUUGAAAAGAACUAGAAAAGAAAGAAGUUUUCUUUUAAAGAAAUGCGAUGAAUUGGGCAUUGAUUAUGAGAAGGCAAAGCCCGAAUACUUGUUACAAAUGAUAAAUGACAUUAAUGCAUCAUAUGAUGAUCCAAACAUUCACAUAAAGAAGACUUUGUCAAGAAAGGGCAAAGGAAAACCUCACCAAAAAUUGGAUCCAGAUGCUCCGAAGAAACCAGCAAAUGCUUUCUUUAUGUUUUGUCAACAGCAACGCAACUCAAUGCAUGAUGAACCUAAGGAUGUUGCUCAUCAUGAAUUGACAAAGCAUCUUGCUAAGGAAUGGAAUAUGUUGGGGGCUGAAGGAAAGAAGGUAUAUUACAAGAUGUAUGAACGGGACAAAGCUCGUUAUGACAAAGAAAUGAAACAAUAUACAAAAGAUAAACCGCGUGAAAAACUUCUCAAAACAAAAAAAGUUAAACACAGUAGGAAGGUUUGCUCAAAAACAACUGAAAAUCAAAAAACCCAAGCAAUAUCUAUCCAACCAGUUAAUCUUCCUAUUGAUGAGCCCGCAACAUCACAGGUCAGUGGCCUAGGAGACAUAAUGUUAGACUCGGAUAUAUUAGAGCAUGAAGGGGAAACAUUGGAUGAUUAUGGAUACAAUGAGAUCUAAAACGACAAAAUUUCUGCAGUUAUUCAUGGAAUAUGAAAAUGAUGAAAAGCUAAUUUUUGUGCAAUUUUUAGAAAAAUUAAAUAAGGUCGUGAACGAAAAUUCAUUUCGCGAAUCGCGUGAAACCGAACGUUAUCGUCAUUAAUGUUCAAACUUUCCAACAGCUUUGAAAUGUUCUUUGCAUCAUUAUAUGUGAAUAAAGUAAUUAGUGUUGUGAGAAAAGUUUGGUUGACCAAACCACGUGACAAACGAAACGUUACUGCUUGUAACCAUAGAGAUAGAGCGUGACGUCAGCGUUCAGGGGGGACACCAACAGGCAUCGACUCAACAACUUUCCGUCCUAGGGGGCACACUGCCUCCAGUUAUUGUGAAGUAUUCUUAAGCAGUAUGCCCAGUUAUUGAAGGAAAACGAAGAAAGACCGUCUGGUUAAAAUAUUUGGUUUUUCUAUGAAAUAAAGACACUACUUAUAUAUCAAAUGAUGAACGCAGACCUCUUCCAGUUUUUAUUUCGAGCUGUUGUGUGAACUUUCUCUGAAUUUACAACGUAGCAAAAUUCCUAGACGGUGAUUUUUACUGUGACAUGCAUGGAGAUGCAAAUGAUUUAAAAUUUCAUGACAUUAACCAUACAAAUGACUUACUGUUAUCAUACAAAGGAAGCAGAUAAUUCUUCUUUGCCUUGAAGUCCAUGGAUCAUGGAUGGUUUGCAGUUUUUCUUAUCAUACAUGAAACAGUAAACGGGAGGUUUGAAUUGUGAAAGAUAUUAACCUAUCAAACAUGUUUAAAGUUCGCUUAUUUAGCUAUGUGUAGUCAAAAGGAAGGAGUUGUUUUAACCUUUGCAGUA